AGAUUAAUUCAAGGCGGUUGUUCAAAGCUGCAACUAUGACCUUGAGGAAGUAAGCCGAGUUCGGCUCAAAAGCCUGUUUCUAGUGCCGUUUGCAGUUGAGUUCAGAUCAAUCGUGUAGUAUUUAACAAGCCUGUGCCCAAGUCAAUUUCGUCACAUGUUUUUGGAGUUUAGUGGUUGUCAUCAUUGUAAUUAAAGGAGAAUAUUUAUCCAUAGUCAUUUUUCGGAGUAAUAUAUUACGCUAUAGUGUAAUGAAAGUAUACUUUCAUUUAAUCACUUCAAGUAUAUCGUCUCGCUAUCCUGACAAAUGGUAGCUUAAAUUGGUCAGUUCAUAAGCUUUUCUGCUCCCUCUUCCUAUGUCUCAAAUGAGAUUUUGUUAUUUUUCAACACGUUUCCUAUUAUGUUGUUUGAAAUAACGUAGAUUUAGUUGAGAGUGGCUUUCAACUAAUGGUUUACAAUGCCUGGUAAACUCACUCUGUGAUUAUCAUAAUUUACAGGCUUCUUGACCCUGAUAACUUCUCAUGUAAUGCCUAAAAGUACGGUGCUUAGUGUCUUAAAACUCUUUUAAAUCUAGCCCAAACGCAGGAACUUUUACGUUUGUAUGUUGUUCUGUUAUCUUUGAAUUUCUUCCAAAGGACCACUUGUUUUUACUGUCCUGGAUUAAUUUGUUGUGUAACAUAAACACAAGCAAAUGGAAUAAAAUAAGGUUUCUCAUUGACCAUUCUUUGGCUUUAUUUCGAGUCCAUAUGUACACGAUAGUGGACCUUGUUAAAGUUAUGAAUCAGGUAGUCGCAGUAGUCAGUCAGCCAGCUACAACGUAGGACCAGGCACAUAUAUGCAUCGGUCCAAGCUGCCAUACCUCAUUAACACAACAAGAUGGACACCGAAUUCAUAGUAGUUAAUUCAGAGGUAGUAAUAUAUAAAAGAAAGAUUGCAAUAAGGAUAUAGUACAGGAAGAAAGAAUUAGUUCAUAGGAAGAAAGAUAUGAAGCGAUUUUAAUCUCUUAGUUUAAGGGAAGACAUAGAGUGUAUACACCUACACCAUUGUGAUCGAUUCUGAGCCAUGUCACCAAGAGUAUCCAACCAUUGGUCACGAUAGUCACGUGGACCCCAACGAAGUAGUCUGCAUCUACCAAUAUGGCUCUGACUAGUAGUUAUUGACUUCAAGCACUGAUGCCACGUUUUGGUUUGGCCGCCCCUAACUAUCUUCCAAUCAUUUCCAAUACCGGAUAGCAUUGCACGUCGUGGUAAUCGGUGUUUAGGCAUACGUAACACGUGGCCCAACCAUCUCAGUCGAUGAAGAUUCACAACCUCACCAACUGAUUUACCAUCAUUCCCUAAUACUCUGCGUCGAACCUCACUAUUACUUACCCUGUGAUCCCAACAGACGCCAGCAAUAUUUCUAAGGCAUCUGUGGUCAAAUACUAGUAGACAGAUAUCUCACCUUCGCCAUAGGUGACGUAAGUUGGUAAAAGCCAAGCGAGCUUUUCGGAUCAGUGCUGAGAUUUCAUCAGACACCAACCCAUUAGGACUGAUAAGACUUCCAAGUUAGGUGAAGUUGUCAACGCGUUCGACUACUUCACUCCCUCCCCUUAGUUCAGGUGUUGACGCAGACCAGUCCUGAAGCAACAAUUUGCAUUUAGAGGGAGAGAAGCGCAUUCCGGUAGUCGCAGUAACUAUGUAAUUGAUACUUUAAGGUUCGCUACUGGAUCCACAUCUUACCGAACGAAGCUUAAGGAUGAAAUUUGGUUGUCCAGCUAAAAUUUUCCAUUUACUUUCAAAUCCAUCGUGAGCUUACUUUGAACACUUUCCUCAUAAAAACCUUACCUGUCACUUCCUUAUGACUUGUAGUAAGUCUUGUCUGAAUCCUCGGUUUGCUUCCUGGCGAAAACAAAAUACUUUACGAUAGUUUUCUGUCAUACAGUUAAACUCUGUUUCAUUUAUUUAUUCAGCAAUUUAUUUUUUUACAUCAUGGGCUAAUAAACAGACGUGGAAUGUGUUCAAUUUACUAUAUUUGUUAAUAAAAAGGACAACAGGGAAGUAAUAUGAAGGCCAGAAAAUUAUUACAUAGAAACUCUAGAAAACACGUUGGUUGAACGGUUGGCUAAUAAUCUCUGAUGUUGGUAGGGUAAUGGCUACGUUCGAGUUUACAAGCCAAAUAACUUAUUUGUUGCCACUUCCUCGCAUAGUCCACCGAAGCCUUUUUAAAGCUCAAACAACUCGCAUGUCUCCCAGUUUUAUGCUUAUAAGUCAAACAGCGACUUGAAAAUGAAGGACUUAUGUUUUGCUUUAUUUGUAUUAUCUGGUAAUCGUAAUAUCAUUAUUUGGAUGAUUUUCUGCAUCCGUCUCAUUAAUUUUACAUUUAAAGUGAUCACUUUUGCAACCAAGUAAUCUAAAUUUCGUGUAUAUUCUGUCGUUUAAACCUCCUAUUGUGGACAGUAAAAUGUUGCUUUAAUAUUCAGGCUGAGCACAUUGUUCUGUCAGUUUAAAUUACUGAGUCUAAAUAUGAUCCGUCUUCAUGUAUAGUGUGAUUUUUUUAAACACAGAUUAUUUUUGCACAGAUCUAUGUUACUUUUUGGUCAUGUCUUCCAGAACGUAUGUGCUCAGUCGGCUAAUAAAAUGCCUUCGUUAUAAAAGUCUCAUUUCAUGUCAAAGAUAUUCUUGUUCAAGUGCGAAUUUGUCAAACCAAGAUCCUGCUUCUGAUCCAGACAAGUUAACAGAGUUUUUGAAUAAGGCUGAGCGUUCAACAACUGAGGAUAAAGAUUUCUCUGAUAAUAGCCAAAAUUCUGUAUUCAAGACGAAUGAUGAUUCGAAAUCAGACGUUGGUCCGUCUUCAAUUUCCAAUUUUCAGGAGAAUUCUAGUAAAAAGGAUGAGUUUGAAGAGAAAAGAGCUGUGUCUUCAUUUUCAUUUGUUCCAUGGACAAUGAGUUUAUUUCUAAAAGAGAUGGAUAUUUCAAAGUUGCUUUCUGAACGUUCAAAAAGUUCAGAAAAGUCUUUUCAUACUUUAUUGCGCUAUAGUCCAUUCAUUCAGCUUGGGGAUUUCAGGUCUCGUGAGCUAAUUGGUGUUGUUAUUGACAACGUGGAUGACACUGAUCUUUACAUAGAUUUUGGUGGGAAAUUUCACUGUGUUUGUCAUCAACCGGCUAACCAAUUUUAUCCACGUGGAAGCUUAGUGCGUAUACGCUUAAAAAAUCCCGAGUUAACAGACAAAUUUAUGGUAAACACUAAAGGCGUUUCAAUUUUUGAAGCAGAUGCUGUACUUCUAGGACCGUACAAAGGUCGGCUUGUUAGGACUAUACCUGAAGAAGAAAAAAUGGUAACAACAAGUGCAGAUGGUGUUAAAAAACAACGUCCCUCUACAGAUGAAGACAGUGUGGCCUUGGAACAUUGGCGCCUCAAAUAGCAUUUUGUGUAAUACUUUUCCUUUUGUAUAUACAUGUUGUCUAGACUAAGUUAACCAAUCAUGUAAUUUCGCCAUUGUAUAAAUAAAUUAGUUAACCUUUGA